CCACCUCUCCCCCUACGUGUCCUACUUCCUCCAUCAUUCUCCUCCCCGUCCCCAUAAACCCCAUCACCAUUAUUUCUCUUUUCUUCUUCUUCUUCUUAAUCCUUUCCCCCAAAAUUAUCAAUCAGACAAACAUGAGAAAUAUCGUCACUUGUUACAGUGAUCGUGCCGUCAGAGUUACAGACUCCUACUGCUCUCCCAAAAAGUCUGCGGGCUUCCGGUCUCCGGCCACGAUCCCGGUGGCGUCACUAAAAGCCGUUAGAUGCGUUUACAGAGCCGAUUCUUCGUCGUCCGGUGAUCGAUUCCUGAUCAAGAUCACUUGGUACUGCAGAAUCGGUCGCCUCGAGGAUGAAAGAGAUCGGACGGGGGUUUUCUCGAUCGGAGUUGUCUGCAAUUCGCCGGGUUCUUCGCCGGCGGAGCGGACCCCGAGUUCUUCCUGUACCCACCGGAUAAAUAUUGCUAAGGGCUCGAGGCAAUUGUCAAUCCAAGGCUGCGAUUCGAGGAUCGGAUUCUUCUGGGAUCUCACAAACGCUUCCUAUGGUGUGGGGCCCGAACCGGUUUCCGGGUUCUGCUUACUCGUCUCGAUCGACUCUGAAAUUGCCCUGUUCCUCGGAGACCCCGGCCUGGCGGAGCUGGAGGGUGGAGCGUCGGGGUUCUCGGCGGUGUCGCGGUGCGAGUAUUUCUCCGGCGGCGCCGAUUUCUCGACGAGGGCCCGGUUCAGCGUGGCGGGGGCGACCCACGACGUCCUGAUCAGGUGCAGCGGCGGCGCGGCCGCGAGGAACUCGCCGGCGAACCUAUCGGUGUGGAUCGACCGGAAAGAGGUGGUGGCGGUGCAGAGGCUGGGGUGGAAUUUUCGCGGGAACCAGACGAUAUUCGUGGACGGGGAGUUGGUGGACAUGAUGUGGGACGCCCAUGAUUGGAUGUUCGACCCGAGAUCCGCGGGUCGGGCGGUGUUUUUGUUCAGGACGAGGAGCGGACUGGACAGCAGGCUGUGGAUGGACGAUGAGGAUGAUGCGCAGAAGAAGAAGAAGAAGAAGACAGGGGAUUUCGGGUCGGGUUGGUCUUUCAUGAUCUGCGCUGCUAUCAGCGGGUCGGUCGCGCCCGACCCAUCCGAGGACGGGAAUUAGUUAGUUAAGCCGGUUUGGAUUAAUUAAUUAAUUUAUUAUUGCCGUACCGAGUAAUUAAUUGCAAAAAUACUCCCUAUUCUUGACCUAUUUUAGGGGGUCUCAUCGUGGGACCCAUAGCUAUCCAAUGCCUCCUUGUUCAGGUGAACUCAAUAAAAAAAUUCUGUACAUUACUUGGAGUGUGCAUAAAAUGACGUUUAUGGA